GCUAUAAGCCAUGUUGGGCAUCCGUGGCAUCUGUCGCGACCCAUAUGCAUAAGACUGCCGAGCAGCUGAACAUAGGUAUCUAGCGGGCCUGGUGCUACUUGCAAUCCUUCCCCCCCUUUUUUCCCCUUCCCCCCAUUGUUAUCAUUCAGCGACCCCGGCGGUCUUUCUUCUGUUCGAUUUCUCCUGCAGGCGGCUUUUUAUAAACGUUCCAUUGGAGUCAUGCUUCGGUUCAUCACUUUCCUUUCGGCCGUUUCACUCUUUUCGUUUGCAGCGCCUGUCCCUACACCCUUGUUUGGAAUCCACUUUGGUGCAGGAACGAGUUCCGAUGCAAAGCCUACCACACUCUCUCAGGCUACUAUCAGCUCACAACUUCUUCGUCCUGCACUGUUCUCUCGUGUGGCCUACUGUAGUGCACCCAGUGUUACGGCUCUGAACUGUGGUGCACCUUGCGAUGCUGUAAAGGGCAUCAGCGUAGUCACUGCAGGUGGUGAUGAUGGAGAAAUCCCCGGGUUCUUUAUUGCGACCGACCCUUCAACCCAGAGUGUCGUAGUCGCUCAUCAAGGGACGGAGCCUGACAAUAUUCUUUCAAUCGCAAAUGAUGUCCAGUUCGCCCAAGUGAAGAUGAAUUCGACACUAUUUCCCUCAGCUGCCGAGGGAGUACUUGUGCAUGAUGGUUUUCAUAAAACACAGGGGAGAACCGCCGAUAUCGUCCUCUCGGCUGUUAAGAAUAGCUUGAACAGCACUGGCUUCAAGCGGGUUUUGGUCACGGGUCAUUCAUUGGGUGCUGCUGUUGCCACCCUUGACGGUGUCAUGCUGAGGAUGAACCUACCAUCCGACGUCACAGUUGACGCCGUUGGGUUCGGGCUUCCGAGGGUUGGAAACCAAGAGUUUGCAGACAUGGUUGAUCAGUUGUUUCCUACGUUUACUCAUGUUACAAACCAGAAAGACCCAGUUCCGAUUGUACCCCCACGUUUCCUGUCCUACCAACACGCAUCAGGCGAAGUGCACAUCACAGCAGUAGAUGAUAAGUCAGGCGAAGCGACUAUACUCGAAUGUCCGGGGCAGGAGAAUGAGAGUUGUUCGGAUACGACUAGCCCAUUGCACGCGGAUAUUCCAAACCAUCUGGGACCAUACUUUAACGGUAUCUCCUUCGGCGGAGAUGCUUGCCCUGCUUGAGGCAAUCUCGACAUCAAAUUGUUCCAUGGGCGAGUUGAAAGCAUGACUGAACUUAUUUUUUAAUUUUUAUUUAGCGGUUUUAUGGGCCAGUACUCGCUUCUUGUUCAACACGAUAUAUUUGUCCAUCACAGCACUGCAGGGUAGCCUGAUCUGUGAUCACCAUCUACUUACACGCACGGAACUGUCAUGAUAUUCCGUCUCGAUGGUACACAGUGUCUUCU